AUGGAGCCUCUGUGUAACGGAGCCCUGAGCCCCGAGGAACCCCAGAGUGACCCCCACCCCCCUUCGGCCAAACUGCCCCGUCUGGACCCGCCCCCCGCGGCAGCGUCCCCCAGAGAAGAAGGACCCGGUCAGGGCAGCCCCGGUGUACGGCCCUGUCUGAACCCCAGGGCCUCUCCAGGGAGGGGCCCCACUAAAAUCUGCCACUCCAAAGGUAAAGCACGAGGUCUUAUUGUGAGCCUGGGACUGCCUGUGUUCUGUGUGGUGGAGCACCGGGGGGCCCCACUGGAGGGGCCUCAGCCUGAGGGGCCCCGCAGAGAAGAACAUGCAGAGUUUGUCCUGAUCAAGAGAGACCUGCUGUUCAACCAACUCAUCGAGAUGGCUCUGCUCGCUCUGGGGUACUCCCACAGCUCUGCCGCGCAGGCCAAAGGUCUGAUCCAGGUGGGGCGCUGGAAGCCGGUGCCCCUGUCGUGUGUGACCUCGGCCCCUGACGCCACAGUGGCCGACAUGCUCCAGGACGUCCACCACGUGAUCACCCUCAAGAUACAACUGCACAGUUGUCCGAGGCUGGAGGACCUGCCGGCGGAGCAGUGGACUCACUCCAUCGUGAGGAACGCCCUGAAGGAGCUUCUGAAGGAGAUGAACCAGAGCUCGCUGGCCAAAGAGUGUCCCCUGUCCCAG